AUGUUUUUAGUACUUUAUUUGAAUUUCAAAAUAUUUUGUUCAUGUUUGCAGCUUUUACCUGUAAUUUCAUGGGCAGAUCAGAUUGUCAUUCGUACCAAUUACGGAGCUGUUAGUGGAAAACAGAAAUAUGUACAUGGAAAGAAUGUUUAUCAAUUUUUGGGAAUACCUUUCGCCAAACCGCCCAUAGGUGAUCUGCGUUUCCAGUAUCCCAAACCGCCAGAUCCUUGGAGUCAUAUACUGGAUGCGACAAAGCCGCCCAAGACCUGCAUGCAACCCUUGCCUGAAUAUCGUGAAUUUACUGAUGCUACGACACGUGUCUGGUUGAAUACAACAGAAAUGAGUGAAGACUGCCUUUAUUUAAAUAUUUGGACAAGAGCCAACAGUAACAAUUUUACACAUGAUGAUUUGGAUGCUGCUACGUUAGCUGCUGGUGAAUACAAUCCCCUGAUGCUUGAAAGUAGUGCUGUGUUUGGACCAAAAGGUGGACGACCUGUUAUGGUAUGGAUACAUGGGGGAAGUUUAAUACGUGGUUCUGCAUCACUGGAAAUGUAUAAUGGAGCAUUUUUAGCUGGGAAGAUGAACGUUGUAGUUGUUAGCAUACAAUAUCGAUUAGGUCCACUUGGCUUUUUAUAUUUGGGUGAUAAUGAAGUGCCUGGAAAUCAAGGAUUAAUGGAUCAAGUUGCAGCUUUUCAGUGGAUCCGUGAAAAUAUUGCCUAUUUCGGUGGAAAUCCACAACAAGUAACAAUUUUCGGUCAUUCUGGUGGUGUGAUCUGUGUUGCACUACACUUAAUCUCACCAAUGUCUAACAAUUUGUUUCAACAGGCAAUAUUACAAAGUGGUUCACCAUUAGCUUGGUGGGCAGUGGAAAGUUCACAUACUGCUUUGGAGAAAGCACGUUUACUAGCACACUUAAGUGGAUGUAAAGUUGUCUCUGGUGCAAAUGGUGGAAACUCAAGAGAUUUAGCGGAUUGUUUAAGAAGUGUAGAUUCAGAAACAUUGGUUGUCAAUCAAUGGCAUAUGCAUUUGUUACGUAAUGGAGAGAAUUCCUCACGAACUAUUCAGUUGAGAAGAUUGUAUCAAAAUAGAGCAAGUCAUCAUCUAUUAAGUACUGCUGGUUAUUAUUUCGAUGUUCCAUUUAAACCUGUCAUCACAGCACCAUUUCUACCUGAAUGGCCAUAUGAAGUAUUAGGUUCAGGUAAAUUGAAUAUUCGCCAUCGUAUCAUGUUGGGAGUUAAUAAAGAUGAAGGUAUUUAUCAUCUUGUCCAUGGCCUACGUAUGUAUUUUAUGUCACCUGGAUUAUGGCCACAGAUGCCAAGCGAAUUCCGUCAUGAUACAGCAAUAAUGGAUCCAUUGGAUUUAUUAGCAUUUUAUAUUAUGGAUGAAAAUUUUCUCCAGUCAAUUUUACUACAGGCUACGGUAUUUGAAUACCAGAUUCCCAGCCGGGCCCUAGGAACUGAUAGUUGGACAUCACUGGAGGUUGUCAAGGCGUUGAAUGAAGUUGGAGGGGAUUAUAAUAUAAAAUGUCCAGUUGUUGAAUUCGCUGAUUUUUAUUCACGUGGAACAAAUGCACAGGUAUUUCUUUAUUCAUUUGAACAUCGAACAUCAAGUUUAACAUGGCCUAAAUGGACUGGUGUUAUGCAAGGCUAUGAAGCUGAAUACAUUUUUGGUGCUCCAUUCAAUCAAGCAUUUACAGAUAAAUUUUAUAAUUUCACUAUUGAAGAAAAACGGCUGAGUGAAGAAAUGAUGCGAUUUUGGACAAAUUUUGCAUCAACAGGGUCUCCAAAUUUAAAUCCUGGGGAAUUCCAUACACGUAACAAAGAGCUCUACUGGGAUAGAUAUGAAACAUACUCACCACAAUCCGUAGCUAUUCUUAGUGCUGGGGCAUCACUGACGUCGAAUUCAGUAUCAGCGGUAGCAGCACCAGAGGGCACAUCUUCGUCUGAAACAUCUUCGUUAAAUUCACGAAUUGAUGAUUCACGUAAACAUAUGGUUUUUGCACUACCACGUUCAUAUAUGAGUAGAAAUCUACGCAGACAUCAUUGUAUGUUUUGGCGUGAACAGUUGCCAGUGAUGAGAGAAAAAAUUUUGUACAAUACGGCAUGUAGGUCUAGUCAGCAUACUGGGCAGCAAAGAGUGGAUAAUGUGAAAAGUUCUCAAGAAACUGUUGGCACACUGUAUCCAAAUAUCAUGAGACCUUUCAGUCAAAAGAAUCAGUCUACAACAAGUCAAGCAUUCAGUAAUUUACGUCAAAUAAACAUUAGGCUUUAUCUUGUUUUAUCUAGCUUGUCAGUUUUUUACUCAAGUAUACUACUAUUUUAA